CCCACCCGCCAGUCAGUACGUGGCGGCCAGGCCCAGUGCGCGAGUGUCAGAGAAAGCUCCAUUUCUCCCCAAGUCCCAACCUUUUCUCGUGGCGGGUCCCGGAGAGGGUGACGCGGAGACAAGAUUUACCUCAUCACGCAGGACAACAGAGCCAUGUCCAUGUCGGGCGAAUUUGGGAACCCGCUCCGGAAAUUCAAGCUGGUCUUUCUGGGCGAGCAAAGCGUCGGAAAGACCUCGCUGAUAACAAGGUUUAUGUACGACUCCUUUGACAACACAUACCAGGCAACGAUUGGCAUAGACUUCCUCUCCAAAACAAUGUACCUCGAGGAUAGAACAGUUCGACUGCAGCUCUGGGACACGGCCGGCCAGGAGAGGUUCCGUAGCCUCAUCCCAUCCUAUAUCCGAGACUCGACUGUCGCUGUGGUUGUGUACGACAUUACCAAUGCCAAUUCUUUCCACCAAACUUCUAAGUGGAUAGACGAUGUGAGGACUGAGCGAGGCAGUGACGUAAUUAUCAUGCUGGUUGGAAAUAAGACUGAUCUUUCGGACAAGAGACAGGUUUCCACGGAGGAGGGCGAGCGCAAGGCCAAGGAACUCAACGUGAUGUUCAUUGAGACGAGUGCAAAGGCAGGAUACAAUGUGAAACAGCUCUUCCGAAGGGUGGCCGCCGCCUUACCCGGCAUGGAGUCCAAUCCUGAGAAGGGCAAGGUUGACAUGACCGAAGUUGUCCUGAGGGACUCAGACAACACUGCAGAGAUUGGGCGGACAGCCGAUGGUGGGUGUGCUUGCUAGGCCACCCACCCCCUCCCCCUGCCCUGUCCCAUGGCACCUCAGUUCACCUCUCCGUCCCCAGUAAAUGGUUGCCUAAUGCACUGCGUCGCCUCCACCCAUCCAGCCAAUCUCGCCUGCCUCACUCAGCCUGCAGCUAUACCCAUGCUCGUACUGCCCACACACACACACACACACACACACACACACACACACACACACACACACACACACACACACACAUACACACACACGCACACGCACACUUGCACAUGCACUGACUCAUACUCCUAUUGGUUUAAAAGCUAACAGGCACAUACACUUGUACAUGAGCUCACAUGGACACAUGCUGAACGUGCAACAGGAUGAAGGAGGCACAUGUUCAUGCAAACAUUGCUCUGCCUUUGAGCCUGUGGAGGGACUAAAACGGUCCCCUUUUUGGCUUGCUAGAACUUGUGUUUUGGGUUCAUGUGUGGGGCUUAUCAGAAGCAACUCAGUAUGUAAAUUGAUGCAUUACAAUUCUAAAUCAUUUAAGAAUAUCAUUAGUCUUAUUUACUGUUUUUUUUUAUAUAUAUAUUUUUUAAGGAUCAUUCACAUUUAUUGUUUUGUGUGCGUGUCAUGUCAGAUGUUAUCACUGUGUUCUGAGGGUCAUUCACAAAGGCAUAAAUACAACAGAUUGAUUUCUUUGUGUUAUGUUUUGCUUGAUAAUUUUAAAAGUUUUGCUCUUUUAAAAGAAAGUAUGAUGUGCACACAGCUACAAAGGGGAUUGUGAGGAGCUGAAGCCUUUGGUGUAUUUCCUUUCACCUGUGUUGCUUUGGGCAAACUUUUCUCCUGAAUCAGGAUUAUUGUUAUCUUUUUAAUUGGGAACUCAUAUUCUUAAUUAAAGGUUGUCUCAGCUUACAUUCAGCCCCACCGUCUCUUAUACUUUUUGCUGUUUGUGGGAAGACUGUUUAGUUCAUGAUAAUUGGAUUAAUAAUGGUUGUUGAUUAAUUUAUUAAUUAAAGUUUAAUGCUUGGGAUUCUGUAGGCAUCUGAUGCUGGUUCUCGGUGGAUGGCAUUUUCUGGUAGCUCAUCACUGACUACCAAAAAGUUUAAACUAUAUUUGCUUAGCUAUUUAAUAAGCUUGUCAUUACCAUCUUCAUCAUUACCGUCUUCAUCGGUCUUGGCUGCACAGAGAACUUUGGUAUAAUGUAUCUAAACUUUUUGGUAAUGAUGCCUUUAUUUUGUUUUGUUUUAUCUAGGCAUAUUUUACUUAAUUCAUGUCUAUUGUUAUUGUUUGGGGUGUCUCAGAUUCUUCCAUAUAUUAUUAACAUGUAUAUUUUAAUAUAUAAAUUAUGUAACUAUUGUAAAACUUCUUCGUGAUUGUGCUACAUGUGGGUGUGUUCUUUGAUGUACAGGUCUGUGUGGGUUGGCCAUGUGUGCAUUUGCUACUGAACCAGGAAAUGUGUACAUGUGGUCACGUGUUUGUGUGCACAGAGUUUAUGUCUGGGGCUUUGAGGAGUUUUGUGUCAGCUGUUUUGUCAUGGAAAUUCUCCAUGUAAAUAGUAUAGUCAGUGUCUCUCAUAUGCAGCUUCAGGUUGCGGCCAAAAGUUAUUUAUAAAAGUUAGUAUAGAGGCUAAAUUUAGAACUUGGAUAAAUCAUAUGUUCAGGCUGCACAUGUGGGAGCAGAGAAAGCCACACCUGACUUAACUUGUGAUGAAGGAGCUUGUGUUUUGAGAGGUAUAUAAAUUAUGUAUUGCAGUAUAAAUUUACUCCACCAGACAGUACCACAAGGCCCCAGCAUAGAUUCCUUGAAUGAUCAGAAAGGGUGCUCCUCCCCCGUAGGGAUGAGGAACGCCACAUGUACGUAGACUUAAGUUCUCUCGGGUUACUCUGCGGAAGGAUGAUGCUAGUUAUUUUUAUAUUACUAUAUCUACCACCACGUCUCCGAUACCAAAUACACCUUAUGCCCCAGCCUCA